AUGGGCAUCUCCAGCAUGCCGGCGCCCAAGGAGAGCCUCCUGAUCUACCUGCUCUACCACGCCGUCGUCUCGAUCGCCGCCCUGGCGGGCCUCCUCCGCGCCGCGCUCGUCUUCCUCGGCCUGCCCGCGCCGCCGUCGCUGCUGGCCGGGGAGGACGCCGACGGCGCCGACCAGCUCACGGCGGCCACCCCGGCGGCCCCCAGCCUGGCCGAGAGGUUCAGGAGCAGGUUCCGCCCCGCGCGCUUCGGCCGGAGGCGGGGCGCGGCGGCGGUGCCUGACUGCCGCGUCUGCCUGGUGCGGUUCGAGGCGGACGCCGUGGUGAACCGCCUGCCCUGUGGCCACCUCUUCCACCGCGCCUGCCUCGAGACCUGGCUGGACUACGACCACGCCACCUGCCCGCUCUGCCGCUCCCGCCUCCUCCCGGCCGCCGCGGCCGCCGACGAGUCGUGGUCGCCGCCGGCCCCCACCCUGACGGCCUGGAUUUAG